GGCCUCAGUCUCCCUGGCGCUGGAUGGGGCGAAGGGACAGAGGCAGCGGCGGGUCGGGUUACGUAAAAGGCGCCGGACCGUGGCGGAGGCAAAGGCUCCCAGAGGAGGAGCCGGCGGGGAGGGGGCGUGACCUACCAGCAUCAUUAUUAUCAUCACCACCAUCAUCAUCUUGGGCUCUUGGGUUGCCUCUCUAUCCCGAGAUGAAGGAGCUGAAGGAGCAGCAGGGCUGGGGCUUCCCUCCGGGGCAGCGCCGCCUUUUUUAACCGGGGAUUUGGGCGCCAAGCGAGGAGCCUUUCCCUCCGGGCAGUGAGGCGAGCCGUCUCCCUUCGCAGUGGGAUGUUCUCACCUUUGCGCCCAUGCUGGCAUCAUUGGAUUGGACCCAUCAUCGAAACACCUGCCUUUAGUACAGUGUGUAACUAAAAACUAACUAAAGUAUGAGGAGAUUUGUCUACUGCAAAGUGGUUCUUGCCACUUCCUUGAUGUGGGUGCUGGUGGAUGUCUUUCUGCUCCUGUACUUCAGUGAAUGUAACAAGUGUGAUGACAAGAAAGAGCGGUCCCUGCUGCCUGCACUAAGAGCUGUUAUGUCAAGAAGUCAAGAAGGGCCUGGAGAGAUGGGGAAGGCAGUCAUCAUACCUAAGGAUGAUCAGGAAAAAAUGAAGGAAUUAUUCAAAAUAAACCAGUUUAACCUUAUGGCCAGUGAUAUGAUUGCAUUGAACAGAAGUUUGCCUGAUGUAAGAUUAGAGGGAUGCAAGACAAAAGUCUACCCUGAUGAACUACCAAAUACAAGUGUGGUCAUAGUAUUUCAUAAUGAAGCCUGGAGCACUUUGCUUCGUACUAUUUACAGUGUUAUAAAUCGGGCUCCACACUAUCUACUUGCUGAGAUUAUCUUGGUAGAUGAUGCCAGUGAACGAGAUUUUCUGAAGGUCCCAUUAGAGAAUUAUGUGAAAACUUUGCAAGUGCCAGUAAAAAUUAUGAGGAUGGAACAGCGGUCGGGGCUGAUUCGAGCUCGGCUUCGAGGAGCAGCAGCUUCCAAAGGCCAGGUCAUCACUUUCCUGGAUGCACACUGUGAAUGUACCUUAGGCUGGCUGGAGCCCCUGCUGGCAAGAAUAAAAGAAGACAGGAAGAUUGUUGUUUGUCCUAUUAUCGAUGUGAUCAGCGAUGACACUUUUGAAUACAUGGCUGGCUCAGACAUGACAUACGGAGGGUUUAAUUGGAAACUUAACUUUCGUUGGUAUCCUGUGCCACAGAGAGAAAUGGACAGAAGGAAAGGAGACAGAACAUUGCCUGUGAGGACCCCUACUAUGGCUGGUGGCCUAUUUUCUAUUGACAGAAACUACUUUGAAGAGAUAGGAACUUACGAUGCAGGAAUGGAUAUCUGGGGUGGAGAAAAUCUUGAAAUGUCUUUUAGGAUUUGGCAAUGUGGAGGCUCACUAGAGAUUGUAACAUGUUCACACGUUGGUCAUGUCUUCCGAAAGGCUACACCUUAUACCUUUCCUGGUGGUACUGGUCACGUAAUUAACAAGAACAAUAGACGACUUGCUGAGGUGUGGAUGGAUGAAUUUAAAGAUUUCUUCUAUAUCAUAUCCCCAGGAGUUGUCAAAGUGGACUAUGGCGAUGUAACAGUCAGAAAAGCACUGAGAGACAACCUGAAAUGUAAACCGUUUUCAUGGUAUCUUGAAAAUGUCUAUCCAGAUUCCCAGAUUCCGCGACGGUAUUUCUCCCUUGGAGAGAUCAGAAAUGUUGAAACAAACCAAUGCUUGGAUAACAUGGGGCGCAAGGAAAAUGAAAAAGUGGGCAUAUUCAACUGCCAUGGCAUGGGAGGCAACCAGGUAUUUUCAUACACUGCUGACAAGGAGAUUCGCACAGAUGAUUUAUGUUUGGACGUCUCUAGGCUCAAUGGUCCUGUGAUCAUGCUCAAGUGCCAUCACAUGAGAGGAAAUCAACUUUGGGAAUAUGAUGCUGAGCGGCUUACCUUGAGACAUUUGAACAGCAACCAGUGUCUCGAUGAACCAACUGAAGAUGACAAAAUGGUUCCUACCAUGAAAGAUUGCAGCGAAAGCCGGUCCCAGCAGUGGUUGCUCCGUAACAUGACCUUGGGUGCCUAAAGCCAAGGGAGAGACUUGCGGCGUUUCCUCAGGCCUUGAAAGGUUCUAGACCACUUGUACUUCACUCAUUUACAUCAGGCAAACGGAGAUACAUUCCUCUUCUGUUGGUGAAGUGAAAGGUUUUGAAUGCUUGGUUAAGAGCCCACUUGUUGGAAAAACUUUUUUUAAUUGCUUAAAAGCAUGUUUGCACUUUUUCCCCUCAAAAUUUUUUACUCAUUCAGCUGAACACAUGAGCGCUUUAAUAUACCAUGACAUACACUGUUAUCAGGACAUAUUCACAAGGAGAUCAGACUCAUGAGAAACAUUACAAGGCUAAACUCCAAGAUCUUGGGGGUGGGGGGGUGGGCUUGCUGUUGGUUCUGUCAUGUAAUGUUGCUUGAAAGUGACAAUGUUAAAUGCCUUAUGAAAUUAACUUGCAUUGUGAAAGACUACAUCAUUUGUUUCAUUAAGGUGAUGUGCGUGUACUGGCCGGUCCGUCAUGGCAACAAAGGAAGCAUUAGGUUUUUAGUCUGCCCAUAACCAGUGGAUGGCUCAGCUGAACAGAUUUCUGGACAGUAAAUUUGCUGUACAUAACAGAGGUUUUUCAUGUAUAUUAUCAGGAAGAAGGCACUAUUCUUUUUUUUCUUGGUAAAAUCAACAAUACUUAUUGAAGGAUCUGCUAACAAAUGGGAUAUAAAACUAAAAUACCAGUGAGAGCUAAUUAAAUGCAGUAGAAUUGAUAGUAUCCCCAAAUACCAUUGCCAAAGUAUAAGCCAUUGUGAAAAAUAAUGCCAUUCAGAUUCUUUUGAAUCUCUUGAAAAUAUGGCAGUUUUAUACUAUACAUUUAAGUUCAAUUUAAAUUGGCCCUAUUUCCCUUCUGAUUUGUAAUAUUUCUUUCUUAACAUCUCUUUUACUAUUAUAGACGUAUGGAGCAGAUCAACAAUGCCUACAGUCCCCACUCAUAAAUGUCAACAUUUUAAUCAUUAAUAAGGCUUCAGAGUUUAUGAACUUAAAACAGAUUUGCAAGCGUGAAACAGCAAACAGUUACUUGAAACAGCAGUGAACUAAUUAAAACUAUGGUAUAAUAAACUAAUGGCUUACAGUCUAGCAACAUUGGAGGCCAUGUUUACUCAGAAGUGUUGGUAAAAAAAUAUAAAUAAGGAACAAGAUUUUAUUUUAAAAGAAUGACAGUUAUAUAGCAAAACAGUGCGAACUAUCUGGUUGUAACUUUGGAAUCUGCAGUAUUUUCCAUGUUGGUUAUUCAUAAAUAAUAUUUGAUCUAGAAGUGCAUAAAAUAUUUCACUUUUAUAUACUAUUUAUCUAACAAAUGUCACAUUCAUCUAUUUAAAGGGAAUUGUACUCUGCUGAAUGGUAUGAAUGUAUCAUGGUGCAAAAGAAAGUCUGGGCCUGUUUCUCUUCAUUACAACACCAGGCUGGGAGAAGAUAGCAUACGCAUACACAUUCUUCCUGAGUAUAAAAUAUGCCAUGUGGGUUUGUUCUUUAGUAAUAUUACCUGUCUGGAAUUUGUAUGUGCCUAUUACCCCAUCUCUCUCAUCCAGUCACCAUUACAAUGUACUAGGAAAGUAAAAUGUAUGGAGUGAGAGCUUAGUAUCACACUUUAGUAGGGUCAGUGGCAAAAUAUCUAUAUAAACAGACCAAUAAUCCAAUUCAAAGGCAGGGGAAAAAUAAGUCAGAGACAGAUGGCCUAGUCUGUGACCAGAUAUUCCUAUGGCACAGAAAAGAAUAAAGGCAAAGCAGAUAACCUUUGGAUAGCUCGAUGUGACAUUUGCUGGUUAGAUAGUGUGUGAGGUGAGGCAAAGCAAGGAUUUCAUUUUUAUCUAAUCUCAAGAACAAGUUGUCCAAAUGAAAGAUCUAACUUUAGUAGCUUUCUUAUACAGGGUCAGUAGAAAUUGGUAGUCCAAGCUACCUAGAUACUCUUCACGUGACUGGUUAAAUUGUCAUUCUCAGGGAACAUUGGGAGACAGUAAGGUAAGAUAAGCUAGUCCAUAUCCUCAUACAAUACAUUUUCUGGAACUUGAAAAAAUAAUGCUUUUGCUAAGAACCCUGAUUUUGAGUGACAGUCAGCAGUGAUGGCGAUAACGCUUUAGUAGAACUUCAUUGUUCCUGUAUUAAUGUUAUGGAGAAGUGCCUCUCCUUUUCUCUAAGUAAGAAUAAUCUCCCAAACAUGAGGUUAUCUCGAUGCCUUGAAAGUCCUUUUUGGGGCCUCUUUAUUUUAAGUUGGCUAUAGGCUUGAGCUAUAUUUUGAAUAUCAAGCUUUUUAGAGUACAGUGUUCUGCGUCUACUUUUCCAACAAACUGCAGUGGAGUCCAAGUCUGGCCCGUGUUGGCAUUGGGAAAACAGCAAAAACUCAAGACACAUGGUCACAGAGGGUUUGAAGGUCAGAUCACAAUUUGGGAAUUCUUAACCUAAACAAUACUUCAGUCUUUCUAGUCACAAGAUUGUCCCAGUAAUAAAGGUUAGGGAUUUAUUGUCAAGGACUGACAAAUUUCAUAACCUUUCCUGGUGAAAAGACAUAACAGCAGUCCAGUUAUUUUCUUUUGUCUGUCCUAUAAUCCCAGAGUUGCAUACUUUAGAAAGGUGCACUGGGAAAUGAAACUCUUUGUUCUUUUUUAUUCUAAGUACUGUCGCAACAUUUUGGUAAAUGCAGUUAGCAAAAUGUGCCUCCUUGUACUACAACAUAGGGAAGCUGCUGGUUAUCCACUAGUUUUCCACCUUGGGGGUUGCCUUCAGGUUUCUUCCAUUGUGUUACCUGAGAGUAACAAAAUAAUUGAUGGAGUCUGAUCAGAUUCAGUUUCCAUUGAAUCAUAGCCAUGGUCUGAACAAUGGGAAAGUUCUUUGAAAGGCUGGAUAGAUAAGAAUAGAAAUUAAUUUUGCACAGAUUUUGUGCAUUGCAGAAUUUUUCCUGGGGGGAAAUGCUAUUGUUUCAUUCUCAUGCAGGAAGCAGAGAAGCACAUCUUCUGUCAUAAUUUUCAAUGGGUUGUCCCAGUGUCAAAGGCAAGGGUAGACUAAAUACAUCUCUAGUCUAAAUCCUACUGCUAGAUUUGCUGGUUUGAGCCCGAAAGCAUUGUGCAGGUGAGGCCUUCUUGAGGAGCAAAAUCUCUUUCAUCGUCUUAGGCAUAGCUUACUCCACUGUAUCUUUUGAGGUGCAGUACCAUCCUAUUGCUCUUCGUAACUCCAGAAACAGUAUUCAGGCUUCAUGAAGAACUUCAAUCCAAUGAGCUAACUGCUUCACAACCUUUAAAAGAAAUGUUUCUCAUAAAGUUAAAGAGUAUUCUUUCUGAAUAAUAAAACAACAGCAAAACUGGUCUGCAUUAAUGCUGCAGUGGGACAAAUCCCAUUGAACAAGGUGAAACAUUUAAUUGUAUUGUAUGAUGAGGUAGAAAUUUCAUGUUGCCAUGAAGUUGAAGCUAAUAAUAGUAAGAUGGUAUUAAGGGAACAGAGAGGAUCUAGCACAAAUCAUGUUGUUACAAGGCAUUGAUUGUGUGACCUUAGAAAAUAAGACAUCCAUUCAGGUAAGGCAAUGUUUUCAAGUUUUGUUGUUCAGAACUCAGAAACCUUUGGAUGAGUUCCUGGAGGUUUUAGUUUAAAAAGUGCAAUUUUGUGAUAUUUCUAAUGGGGAAUUGAGGGUUUUUUUCCUGGCAUUCAGCUAUAGCAUUCCAUACUUUCCCACUGCAAGAAAGUUUUUAAAGUUUUUUUUUCAUUUUUACUGGAAGCUUCUUCUGCCACUUGCCAUCUUUCAUAACCAUGUUGAGCUCAUCCUACUUGGAGUAAUCAGAAGAAGAUGCAAUGGUGAGUUAUGAGCAGAAUCAAGACAAAGAGCUAUCUUGUGAAUGGCUGUGUUUACCUUGACCUGUUUCUAAUAAAGAUGUCAACUUUGCCAGGUACAGCUGUGUUAAAUGCUCACCCAGUCCCUCCUAUAGAGCAAUUAUGGACUUUUUGUCUCUACUGGGCUUCUCCUAUUGUAUUGAUGUAUGGCCUCAGCAAAUUGAUGAAAGUGAUAUUAUUUAUAAAAAAACUGUAAUGUUAGCUUGAGGUUCUAUUGCUCAGAAUUUUGAAGACCAAUAAAAAGUUAGCUUAAAUUAAUUGUUCUGAGAGGGAAGUGAAAGACUUGAAAGCAUCUCCAAAAUGCAAUCCAAGAAUUAAAAAGUGCACCUUGAUUUGUCUCGAUUUCCCCAUCUGUAGGACUUAAUAUCUGUUCAGGAUUUCUGAAAUGUUAAAAAAUAUACAGAAAUACCGUUUAAAAACCCACAGUUCUUGUUUGUUGUCAUUAAAUGACAAAUAUAAAACUAGAGGACUAUUUUGGACAUGAAUAUCAUGAAGGUCAACCCAGUAGCAUAUAUUAAGCAGUGAAAGGUACCUAAUCUCUGUAAACCUCAUGAUUUCUUGAAGAGGGAGGGCUAGGUGUGGAAGCUUUAAGACAAAUUAACCUAAGUAAAAGUAAUAAGGUCUAUGCUACCAAUGUAUGGACCUCUGUUCCACUGGGUCAGCAUUCCAUAUGGUGAUCUUCUAGAUCAGUGAUUCUCAACCCCACAUGUUUUGGCCUUCAACUCCCAGAAAUCCUAACAGCUGGUAAACUGGCUUGGAUUUCUGAAAGUUAUAGGCCAAAACACCUGGAGACUCAUAGGUUGAGAACUACUGUUCUAGAUGACCUUUAUGGUUGCUGUGCAAGACCUUAUUCAUCUUAUCUCCCACUUUGUUUAACUACAGUCUCCAGACACUGUAUCCGAACUCUAGAUUUCAGUAUUUUGUAUCUAGUAUUCUCAAAAGCUUAAGAAUACAAUACAAUAAUAAUGAAUUAAACAGAAAGUGUACAUAACAUUACAGAUUAUUUAUUUAAUACAUCUAAAUUGCAUAUCUUUCACAUGGACACAUCUACUAGCUAACUUUGACCCUGAAUCUAGCAGAUUUCUAUAUCUGAUCGUGACUAACUGUUUUAACUGACUUUCAUCAUCCUCUCAAUCCCUGUGUGUUGCGUGAAGAGGUCUAAGUUCAUUUGAACAACUUUCGAUUAGAAGCCUUAACAAACUAGGAUUCCUGAUUGAGUGGAGCUUCUACAUUCAAACUAACAUGAGUGGAAAUCCGCUGCAGAUUUUGCCAUUCCAACAUAGGGAAGUGGGUCUUGAAUACCCAAGGACAUUGGGGCACAAACGUUGUGAUGAGCCACAUCCCUUAUUCUCAUAUUUAUCUACUCUGGGGAUGGGAAACAUGCAGCCCCUCAAGAUGUUAGUGACUUGCAACUUGCAUCAGUCUAGCUAACACAGCUAAUAGUGGGGAAUGCUGGGAAUUGAGGUCUGAUAAUAUUUAGAAAGCUACAAAUUCUCUGUCCCUGAUCCACCUUAUUAAGGUAAAGUGCUUGAACAGGACUUGAGCCAGUUAUGAUGUAUUCACUUUAUCUUCAAGAGUACUUCUGCACUCUUGAAACCCAAACAUUAUAUUUUUAUGUAAUUGAAAAUGAAUUCAGUAAUGUGUUGAAAGAGAUGAGUACUGGAUUGCUAUCCAAGAUGGUCUAUGGUUUUACUUUCUUUUCCAUCAAAAUAAUGAAGAUCGUAUCUGAUCAUAUACAUUUUAGUUGCAUCUCAUUUGUAGAUGCUGAAUACAUUCUCAGAUGAAGCAAAUAUUGGUGAAGAUAUUUAUGUGUAAAACUAUAUAUUAGGUUGUAUUAGUUCGUAUCAGGGUUGGGUAAAAUGUUCCCCCCAGGUGCUGUUGAACUACAAAUACUAUCAGCUAUAGCCAAAAUAGUCAACAGUGAGAAAUAGUGGCAAUUGCAGACCAGCAACAUCUGGAGGACAACACAAUUAUCACUCCUGGUCUAAGAGAUGCAUAUGAAAUAGAAUUUUAUAAUGUCACUGUCUUCUAAAGCCUUCUGCAUCACAAUAAACUGGAAAAUUUGAACACAUUUGUAGUUUCAAUGGGACAUCAGAAUUGUAAAUCAUUGUGAUAGCAACAGCUUGCAAAUUCCAAAUGUAUUUGACUUAACCAUCAUGCACCUUCUCUUGUAUUUUGAUGUAUGGAAUAGAUAAAAAGUCUGCUGCUAUUACUGUAUGAACACAUCUGGUGAGAUUACACCACAUCUAAACUCCUACUCAAUAUAAGCUAGUGUUUGAUCUCAAGGUGUUGAAUGAACACCAGCAAUGUGUUUUGAAUUAGGUUAUGUGAAUUAUCAGUGUAAAAUAUUUUUCAGACAUACACAUAUGCUUCUGAAAUCCCAAAUUCAUUGUUGCAGGUACACUGAAGUCUAUUUUCCCUAUGAACAAUAGGUUUUUGGAAAAUCUGGAUAAGUACAUUUCUUUACAAGUAGGGCCCCUUCUCAGCAUCAGUGUUCAAUCUCCAUUUGAGCCAUACUAUGUAUUACAGGGUGGCAAAUCCAGGUUUGUUUCAAGUAUACUUAGAGAGGGAGCCACAGCUAAUCCUAGUCUUCUGAUGGGUAUACUUGUGUGAUAUGCAUGUUCAUACAGUAUGUUACAUGUCCACAAUUUUAGGUGUAUAUAAAAAACAUCUAAAGUGUACGCCUAAAAGAUAUACAAGGUGGUCCUUUAAAAUUACAGUUUUGGACUUGUAUUUCCUGUGUUAGACUGAGAGCCUUUGCUUGAGGAAUUGUUCAUGAACCUUCCUAAAGUUAACGUCUAGGUCACAAAUAUAAUUAUUACAUUUAUAGCAGUGGGCUGCAGAUCAAGAAUUACACCAUUUCAGAUGUUGUAACAGUUAUUAAAUGUUAACUCUGCUGUAAAUUUUAAAUAUUUAUACAUUUUGUAGAAAUAAAAUAUGCCAGUUUAGUUUUA